GCCUUGUCAUCCCUAUUACAGGGAUGGGAGGGAUUGGCAAGACAACUCUUGCCCAACUUGCCUAUAAUGAUGAAAAGGUUCAAGCUCAUUUCCACACUAGAAUAUGGGUUUGUGUCUCAGAUCCUUUUGAUGAGAUCAAAAUUGCCAAAGCCAUCAUUGAGGGUCUGAAAAAAGAGACCCCAGCUUCAAAUGAGUUGCAAACUCUAAAGUCCAUUAUACAUGAGUCCGUUAAGGGCAAGAAGUUCCUUCUUGUCCUAGAUGAUGUGUGGAACCAAGACUAUAGAAAGUGGGAACAAUUAAAUCUACCUUUACAAAAUGGGGCUGUGGGUAGUAGAAUAUUGGUUACCACACGAAAAGAGGAAGUUGCGAGGAUGGUGGGAGCACAUCAUAUGGUCAAUUUGGAGGUGUUGAGUGAAGAAAAUUGUUGGGCAUUGUUCUAUCACAUUGCACUGGCAAAUAGAGAAAAAAAUGAGUCUAAAGUGUUAGAAUUUGUUGGUAAAGAAAUUGUCAAAAAGUGUAAGGGCCUGCCCCUUCUUGCAAAGACAAUGGGUGGUCUCAUGUGCUACAAGAAAACGAAGAAAGAAUGGGAAGACGUUUUGAAUAGUAAGAUAUGGAAGUUAGAUGUGGUUGAGGAACAAGUUUUCCAACCACUGUUACUAAGUUAUUAUGAUUUGGCCCCGGCAAUCAAACGUUGUCUUUUGUAUUGUGUCAUUUUUCCAAAAGAUUAUGAGAUUGCUAAAGAUGAGUUGAUUGAAUUGUGGAUGUCACAAAAUUAUCUUAAUUCAAUUGAAAACAAAGAAAAAGAAGCGGUAGGCGAAAUAUACUUUGAUAACUUAGUAACACGCUCUUUCUUUCAAGAAUUUGAGGAAGAUGAACUUGGAAAUAUAAUGGGGUGCAAGAUGCAUGAUGUUGUGCAUGACUUUCUACAAUUUCUAACUAAGAAUGAAUGCUUAGUUUUGGAGGCUGAGGGUGGUAACAAUAAGAGAAUAAUGGAGUUUGAUGGAUAUAAGAAGGUUCGUCAUUUGACAUUAAUGUUUGCACCCAACGGUCCACUAAUUCCAAGUUCCUUGUGCAACUGCAAGAAUUUAUGGACUCUUGCAACUUUUGAUUCAAAGAUUACUAGUUUUGGUCGAGAGUUAAUUUCACAAGUAAAAUGCCUUAGAAUGUUGAAUUUGAGUCAUAACUCCUUGAAAGAAGUUCCAAAUGAGGUUGGAGAAUUGACACAUUUGAGGUAUCUUGAUUUGUCUUAUAAUCAUGAUUUGAUGAAAUUGCCAAACACCAUGUGUAAUUUAAUCAAUCUGCAAACCUUGAGACUCAUUUACUGCGGGGCACUUGAAAUAUUACCUGAAGGCAUGAGAAAGCUGAUUAACUUGCAGCAUCUUCAUGUUUGGGGGUGUCGUAGUCUAAAAUUGCCCAAGGGGAUUGCAAGGUUAACAAGUCUACGAAUGCUAGACGUAGUUUACAUCCAUGGCGAUGAUGGCGUUGAUAACAACAAAGAAGCAUUAUUCGAGUUAAGUGAUUUGAGAAACAUUGACCAACUUCGUGGGAGUUUUUGUAUUUGGUUUGGUACGGAUCUAAAGGACGUGAGGCAGGCCGAGAAAGCGCAUUUGGUGAACAAAAAUUGCCUUGUCAGUCUGAAAUUGAGUUUCUUCUCUGGCACGUGGCAACCCAAACCCAUCCAGGAAGAAACAAUGAAUGCCUUACAACCACCUCCAAAUCUGGAAUCCUUAUUUAUUGAAGGCUACUGUGGCACCACACUUCGGCCCCAUUGGAUGACGUCGUUAAACAAAUUGAGAAGCCUUACCCUUCAAUAUUGCCACUUCGUUGAGUGUGUGCCUCCUUUGGGGAGAUUGGAGUCCCUUGAAGUACUAGUGAUAUACAAAUGGCCUCGCGUGAAAAAGACUUCAAUUCGAGUAUAUGCCCAUGUGGGAAGAGUGGGAAGGAAUGAAAGGGUGGAGUGA